AUGCCAAAUUACAAGGUUUGGACAUUUCAUGGUGAAGAAAUGCCUUCUACCUCCACUGCUCAUGAAAAUCGACCUGCAUCAGGUUUGAAUACUAUUGUACAUACAUCUGAGAUAGAUCAAUUUACCUACAUGCAAGAGAUGGUAAACGAUGCUAUUGGUCGACAUGCUGAACAAGAACCAAACGAUAGUCGUGAUGAAGAGUNUCCAAAUGAANGCACUNAGANGUUUUACAAUCUCUUGGCUGAGGCAAACCAACCUGUAUUUGAAGGUUCAUCUGAGUCAAAAUUGUCAGUGUGCAUAAGACUCAUGGCUGGUAAAUCUAAUUGGAACGUUCCCAAUCAAGCGGUGGACCACUUUACAAAAUUGGUGUUAGAUCUAACACCACCAAACAAUUCUUUGCCGAAGAAUUAUUACGAAGCCAAAAGAUGUGUUUCAAAGCUGGGAUUGGAAGCGAAGAAGAUUGAUUGUUAUGUGAAUGGAUGUAUGCUUUUCUAUGACAACGACACUAGAAAAAAUGAUGCAUCGUUGGUGGAAUGCAAGUUUUGUGGCCAUCCUCGAUUUCAGACAUUGCAUCCAGGACGGAGGCAAAAAAAACCAAUUCCAUUCAAGUCCAUGUUCUAUUUGCCGAUCAUUUCAAGAUUACAAAGGAUGUUUUCUUCAAUUCAAAUAGCAAAACACAUGACAUGGCAUGAUGGUAACAAAAGUGAAGGAGUGUUGCGUCAUUCUUCUGACGGUGAAGCCUGGAAGCACUUCAACCGUAAACAUCCAUCUUUCACCAGUGAUGCUUGUAACGUGAGACUUGAUCUAUGUUCGGAUGGGUUUACUCCAUACAUUCAGGCGUCUGCAUCACCAUAUUCAUGUUGGCCGNUGAUUGUUACCCCAUAUAAUCUUCCACCUGAGAUGUGUAUGACAAAACCUUACAUGUUUUUAACGUGUAUAAUACCAGGACCAUCUAAUCCUAAAUCAGGGAUUGAUGUGUAUUUAGAGCCUUUGAUUGAUGAUUUGAAGAAGUUGUGGACCGGUAUAUGGACGUAUGAUGUAUCAAGGAAGCAAAAUUUUCUUAUGAGGGCAGCUUUGAUGUGGACUAUUAAUGACUUUCCAGUGUAUGGCAUGUUAUCUGGUUGGAGCACGCAUGGUCGAUUAGCUUGUCCGCAUUGCAUGGAACACACAAAGUCAUUCUUAUUGACGCAUGGUCGGAAAAGUUGUUGGUUUGAUUGCCAUAGAAGGUUCUUGCCCAUUGAUCACAUGUUUAGGAGGAACAAAAAGGCUUUUCGCAAAGGGCAACGUGAAAAAGAUAUGCCACCUCCUAGGCUUAAUCCAUCUCAAGUUUGGAGAAGAGUUAAACAUUUUCCAAAAGUCAAUGAAAGUGGUAUCAAUAGGAUUGAUGGGUUCAGGAGUGGCAUAACUGGACCAAGAGAAGCAUUUUUGGGGAUCUUCCGUAUUGGAAGGAUAACUUGCUGA